UUUGAGUGUGUCAUGCGUUCAAUGUGACGUCAUGCAGGGUUUUUAACGCUUAGUUUUUCCUUUGGGCUCAGCAAGCCAUGGGCAGUUCAGGAUUAUUGCGGGUCCAGUUCCCUAUAACAGUAUUAUUGUCAUGUAUGUUUACAUUGUCCUCCGGCAGUGAAAUGAGUUUUGUAACGUGCGGGUCGGUGGUGAAGCUGCUCAAUGUGAAACACAACGUCAGGUUACACUCUCACGAUGUGCGCUAUGGUUCUGGUAGUGGUCAGCAGUCGGUGACUGGUGUGACCACAGCGGAGGACAGUAACAGUUACUGGAGUGUGCGGGGCACCAGUGAUGCCGCAUGUCAUCGAGGGACUCCCGUACAGUGUGGACAGAACAUCCGAUUGACCCAUGUGAACACGGGCCGCAAUCUACACAGCCACUACUUUACUUCACCUCUUUCUUCAAAUCAGGAGGUCAGUGCCUUUGGUGAGAACGGCGAGGGUGACUAUUUGGACGAGUGGACGGUUCUGUGUGCAGGCUCUGUGUGGCAGCGGGAGGAGUCCGUUCGGUUCCGCCACACGUCCACUGAGGCUCUGCUGUCUGUGACGGGGGAACAGUACGGCAGACCCAUCCACGGCCAGAGAGAAGUGCACGGCAUGAUGGUCAGCAGCUCACACAGCUACUGGAAAACAAUGGAGGGCGUCUUCAUGAAACCCAGUCAGACUGGAUCCAGGGAUUUCAGCAUACAUACUGAGUUUUAGAGAAACGCUUCAUACAAGCUGAAUCUGCUGGACUCUUCAUUUUAUAGGGUCCUGUUGUUUGUUUUUCUUUAUUGCUGGUCCAGAAGAAGAGCCUUGAGCUGUUAUGAAAAACAGUUUCAUAAUCAAACUGUGCCUCAUGGUCAUUUUUGAAAGCUUUAAGCAUAUCGUUUUAUUUUGCACAGCAUACACUACUGUUCAGAAGUUUGGGGUCAAUAAGGAUUAUUAAGGUUUUGUCAAAAAUAUUAAGCAUCACAACUGUUUUCAACAUUGAUCUUAAUUAAGAAAUGUAUUUUGAGCACCAGAUCAGCACAUUGGAAUGAUUUCUGAAAGAUCAUGUGACACUGAAGACUUGAGGAAUGUUUGCUCAUAAGAUUAAAAAUAUAAGAUAAAAUGCAGCCUUGGUGAGCAUGAGAUAAUUCUUUCAAUAACUUUUUUUUUUUUCUACUGACCCCAAACUUUAAAAGGUAGUGUAUAAUAAGACAAACUGAAAUUUUAUGAAAUUUUUUUUUUUUUGAUUUUUGAAAUUCAGAAAAAAAGACACUUAGCAUUUAAAGCAAUUUUUUAAAGUUGAUUCCACAAUCUUACAGAUUUCAUAAUUAUAACGCAAAGUUCAGUGUUUAAGCUUGCAGCAUGGACAUUUUGUGCUCACCUUUGAGAAUAUCUAAUGGCCAUUAAUACAGAAAUAUCAUUACCAUCUAUUUGCAUCUAGCUCAAGUCAUAUUUAAUUAAAAAAGAACAUCAAAUCUUUAAGUCAUAAAAUUGGGCCACAGCUGUUCUAGAAAAAAAAACUUUUAAAUCUAAAUCCUGUCAAAUCUAAAUGAAUUGCACACCAGAACUAGCUGGAAUUCACUUGAAUUGCUUGAAGCUGACCUCAGAGUAGAAAUACUACAGCAGCACUGCCACUUGAUGUAGCAGCAGCAUUAACAUUAAUCUCAUUGAGGGAUUUGCAGUAAUGUGGUGCUAUGUAAUGAUGAUUUAGGCUAUUUUUCUAAAGGAAGCUGUGAGUUUCUUAUAACAAAAUCUCCUUUACUCCUUUCAGUAUCAUACUUGCACACCUGAGUAUUACACCUAACAUAUUUUUUUAGUGUUACACAAAUCAUCCAUUGUUGUCUCUAAAUGUAAAAUAAAUUAAGUGCCUUUUUACACAUUUACCAUGAUUACAUCUACUGUAGAUGCUGUAAUAUUUGAAGUGACCUGUAAACUUCUUUUCUGUUUACGUGGUUGAGGUCACAGCUGUACUACAGUACUUACACCGUACCAGCUGAGAAUCAUUAGUACCGACUAUGAAGUAUUAAACAGCCUUUAGAGUUUAUUACCUCAGACAGGUGGUUUGUGUAAACAUGCUAUUUUGUAGAUGCUUUAAAUUAAAGAUAUCAAGACUGGUUUAUUAAGAAAUGGUGCUGCCUUUUUAUCUUUUAUCAGGAAAAGGGAUAAAGUCAUUUAUUUGUCAUUUGUACAGGUAACAUUGGGUUCACUGGUGCUGACAUGCUUAUGAAGUGGCUCAAAAACUGACGGUUUUAGUUAUUAUUUGUGGAAAAUCCAAUGCUUCCCCCUACUGGCCUAGGCAACAAUAACAAUAAAUAUUCUAUAAAUUUAUCAUCAUCAGUAAUUGGGUGCAAAGACAUACUGUCAUGUUCAAUAAUAACUUUCUUUUUAUUUUUCAUAAACUUUACGUGUAAUGAUCAUAGACUGUAUAAAAACAGUAACGAUGCAUUUUUGUUUAGAAACCAUAUUGCUUUAAUCUGUCAAUCCACAUCCUGCAUGCAAUAUGAAUACGGUUUUGCAUAUUAAUAACCCUUCUCUUGAUAUACUCCGUAAAAAGACAUUCAUAUAAAAUGUUAUUUGGCAUGCUUUUCAAAUUCAGGUGAAGUUAGGAUCUGGAUUGAGAGUAAAUUAAAUAAAAAAAUUCCAUCAACCUUUGCAAGAUUAAAAAAAGUAAAAUUGAAAACAAAUAGUAUUAAUCAACGAAAUAUAAAAUACAGUAGCAAAUAAAAUAUUACCAAAUUAUAUAUCCAAAAUGCCCAUAAACUAAAGGGUAAUUUUCGGAGAAUGUAGAUUCUAAUAAGAUGGCAACAAGCAGGGGGAUACAUAGAAUAAUGGCUAGUAAAAAUAAUGAUACACUUUAAAUUGAUAUAUAUAUGGAAUUUACACUGUAUUUCACGUUUCCAGCUUCUUUUUGGUAAAGGUUCAUUUGUUUCUUUUUCUUUAUUACUAGUGUCACUUGUUUACCUCGGUCAUGUCAUAUUUCUACAUCAAAUAUCCACUAGAUGGAGCCAUUGAUUUGGAAGGAUCCUCGAUUCAAAGCACAGACUGAUGGAAUAAAACUAAAGACCAGUCCUCAUUCAAACCAUUCUGUCACAUUCUGGAAAACUGACAGGAACUUUGUCCAGUAAACGCUUCCCCAUUAUCCGCUUUUGCUUUGUGGUGUAUUUUGGCACAGAAUGCUGGUACUGUUUCAUAUAAGAUUUGCUCACAGGAAGAAAACAAUGGGAGUUCAGCCAUUCAGACUGAUGCUCUCAGCAAAUGCCUGCAAGCAGUACAGACCUUGGAAAAGCACUGCAUUAGUGCUCUGAACAUGCAAUUAUGACACAGACAGACAGACAAUCCAAAGACAACUUUUGCGUGGCACUAUAAAUACACAUGCAAUAUACACGGGAUCCAUGACAAACGUCUGUAUACACAAUAGUAGGAAACACAGGGAAGGGGAUUGAUGUGCACAAACAUUAUAAAUAUAUAGACAAACAGGUAAACAAAUCUUUAUAUUACACACAGACUGUAACUGUAAAAGAAAAAGUGCUAUUUUAGAGACUGACCAGUUUACUUCUGGUUGAUUCAGAGCAAUUUGAGUUGCAUUCACGGACUCUCUGAGCCUGAGAGUGAGUAAAAACUCAAAGUGGACCAAAAAGUCCAACUAUGUAGCAUAGACACUUCCGCAGAAGUUCAGUGUCAUAUAUUUUAACCAGACAAUAUGUGCAGACAUUUAGAAGACCUAGAUAGUAUAUUUGAAAUCAAAGAGAGUAUUAUACUCACUUCUUUUGUUUAGAUACACAAAAUGAGAGAUUUGUGUAAUGGCACGACUGAAACAGACUUCUAAUUUUGAUUACAAAAAAUGAUCCUGUUUACCCAUAAUGCACAAGGUGUAUCACAAAAUAUUAAAGAAAAUUUGCAUAAUGAGAUGUGUGGAAUUUAAUUUAAUCCCACUUUCUUUGCAGAAUUUGGAAAGCCACAAUGCAUUUGUAACUAAAAUUAUACAAUUUAAAAUUAUUUUUUUACCAUGCCAUUUAUUCAUGAAUUUUCAGCAGCCAUUCAGCAGCCAGUCUUCAGUGAGACACGAUUCUUCAGAAACCAUUCUAAUAUGCUGAUUUGCUGCUCAAGAAACUUUUCUUAUUAUAUUAUCAAUCAGAAAACAGUUGGGCUGUUUCAUAUUUUUGUUGAAAGAGGGAUGCUUUUUAUUCAGGAUUCUACAAAUUGAUGACUAGAAAAAAAAAAAAAAACAGAUUUGAUUUGAAAUGGAUUUAUGUAGCUCCGCACAUGAAACUGAUUAAAAUGUAUU